AUGCACAACUGGGCGCUCUAUAUCGUCCCCCCGAUGGACGUGGCGGAUAUUGUGGUAGUAUGCCACUCCUGCUUCACAACGUGGAGUAGUAGCGACCAGCAACGAGUUAUCAAACUCGUCGAUCUGGUUACCAAAAUCCGGUGCAGUAAAGCGUUAGGGAAGCCGCAUGAGUUUCCAGCAGCGUUGUCCGAGUGGACAUUUCCACCGCCUCCACUCAUCCCUAGUCCUAAUUCCGAAGGACUCAGGCAGCUCGCAUAUGCAACCAAUCUACACGGCCAAGUGGGGAGGGGGGGAAUGAUCCAAGAGGGCAAUAGCACGGUUGUCCUGCACGCAACGCCACAGCCUGCAAGUCCCGACACCUUGCGUCAGGACAUCCAGAGCGAUGCUUGCUUAAGUGAAGGCGUUCUCGUGGUCGGCGCAAGGCGACUUCGGAGCGGAGACCAGUUUCGGUGCUUGGCCGCCUCAGCAUCUGGGGCGGUAGUUUGGCACAACUUCUUCGGGACACGGUUCGCUGGGUUGUUGGCCGACAUGAGACAUGACGGUUCACUGGACAAGAACCGUCAUUGUCGUGCCCAGAUCGCCCUGGCAUCACCGAGCACUUCCGCUGCUCAUCGACGCCAUGGACUCCUGAAAGGCGCAAAUGUAGAAGCCGCGAGUGCAAGUACCACUGUCAGAACACAUGGUCCUUAG